CCGAUGGAGCGGCAACAGCUGACCUCACACAUCUGAACAUACAUAGGCACACACCUACACACAGCCUCGCUUCAUCCACACACACCUUUACAUAUUUACAAAGGAGUGUUGCAGAUAUCGAGGAGCCUUAAUUUAGAAAACCUCAAAAACUAAAGACAGGAUGGAUGCUUCACAGUUGUUCCUUCUAUUGCUGUUCUACGGAUAUCUGCAAAAAGUGUUAUCGCUGCAGAUGUGUGACGUGGUGAACGAGAUUGAGCUGGAGAAAGAGCGCUGUGAGAAUAGCACCUUUGGGAACGUCACUUCAGGUUGUCAAGGCAUGUGGGAUAUCAUCGCCUGUUGGCCUUCAGCCAGAAUCGGAGAAGUGGUUACAAUAACCUGCCCCGAUUAUUUCAGUUACUUCAGCGACGAGCACAAAGGUAACCUCUCCAAAACCUGCACAGCAGACGGCUGGACUGAGAUGCAUCCCAUUGACAUUGCCAUGAACUGUGGAUACAAUCUCAACAGCACCAGCGAUGAUGGCAAGUUUUUCUGGCAAGUGAAGAUCGGCUACACCAUUGGCCACAGUGUUUCCCUCAUUUCUCUUACCACAGCUAUUGUGAUCCUCUGCAUCUUCAGGAAGCUCCACUGCACAAGGAACUACAUCCACAUGCAUCUGUUUGUCUCAUUCAUCCUGAAGGCCAUCGCUGUGUUCAUCAAGGAUGUCGUCCUCUACGAGGUCGGGGAGGUGGACAACUGCUCCUCAGGCUCUGUUGGCUGCAAAGUAGUGAUUGUGUUCUUCCAGUACUGUAUUAUGGCCAGUUUCUUCUGGCUGCUGGUGGAAGGCCUUUAUCUUCACGCAUUGUUGGCUGUCUCUUUCUUCUCUGAGAGAAAGUACUUUUGGGCUUACAUUCUGAUCGGCUGGGGAGGUCCGACAAUUUUCAUCACAGCUUGGAGCAUCACUAAAGCCUACUAUAAUGAUGUGGGGUGCUGGGAUAUUAUUGAAAAAACAGAUUUAUUGUGGUGGAUCAUUAAAACCCCUAUUUUGGCAUCAAUCCUGGUGAACUUUAUUCUAUUCAUCUGCAUUAUACGAAUACUUCGACAGAAAAUCAACUGCCCAGAUAUUGGAAGAAAUGAGUCCAAUCAGUAUUCGAGGCUGGCAAAAUCAACCCUGCUUUUGAUUCCUCUGUUUGGAAUCAAUUUUAUUGUGUUCGCAUUCAUCCCAGAACAGGUGAAGACUGAGCUACGUCUGGUUUUUGACUUGAUUCUGGGGUCAUUUCAGGGCUUUGUGGUCGCGGUUCUUUACUGCUUCCUCAACGGAGAGGUCCAAGGAGAGAUGAAGAGGAAGUGGCGGAGGUGGCACCUGCAGAGAUACAUGGGCUCGGACACCAAAUACCAACAUCCGUCCAUCGGCAGCAGCAACAACUUCAGCACCCAGAUCACUAUGUUGACACGAUGCAGCCCAAAAACACGCCGUGCUUCAUCCUCCCGUCACGACGACCUGUCUAGUAUAUGACUCUCACAAACUGUGAUACGGACAUACAUGCUAUACAAAAUACUCAUGCCACACAUUAGGCAGUAAAAGAAAUACACACUCCCUCAUUAGCACAUGCACUCUUGGAGGAUGUGUUGCUUGAGUGUGAUGUAGACAAAAAGUGAUGAGAAGACUCUAGUCUUUUAAGCAGCUUUUAAUCUCUAUGCUUCUUGAAAAUUGGUUUUAAAGUGCUCAUAUUAUGCUCAUUUUCAGGUUCAUAAUUGCUUUAGAGGUU